AGCACUCCCUCUUUGGUUGCGUGCCAGUCAGCCAGUCAGAGUCCACGCUACGCGAAGAAGAUGUAUGGCGCUGCAACGGUGUUCACCGCUGGCUUUGCGGCGUACUUAAGGCUUGCUCGGCCGUUUCCUACCCGCCCGCAUGGCGGAAACUGCAAGAGGUUACUAAGCCUGACGCAGCCAGGUCAUGCUACUGUAAAACCAUUGGAAGGUAUAAAAAUACUGGAUCUUACAAGGGUGUUGGCUGGACCUUUUGCAAGUAUGAUUUUGGGGGAUCUGGGUGCAGAAGUAAUUAAAGUUGAAAGACCAGAAUCAGGUGAUGAUACCAGAGCCUGGGGACCUCCAUAUAUUGGGAAAGAAAGUGCAUAUUUCCUUAGUGUGAACCGGAACAAAAAGAGUAUAGCAGUGAAUUUUAAGGACUCCAGUGGGGCCAAGAUAAUCAAAGAGCUUUCCAAACUCUGUGAUGUUUUUAUGGAAAACUUUAUUCCUGGAAAACUAUCAGAAAUGGGACUAGGAUAUGAAGAUAUAAAAAGGGAGGCACCUCAUGUUGUUUAUUGCUCUAUUACAGGCUAUGGACAAACAGGCCCAAUGUCUCAUCGUGCUGGAUAUGACUCAAUUGCAUGUGCAGCUUCAGGGCUUAUGCAUAUUACUGGCCCAGAGGAUGGUGAUCCUGUACGGCCAGGUGUUGCAAUGACUGAUCUUGCAACUGGCUUAUAUACCCAUGGUGCUAUUAUGGCUGGGUUGCUCCAGAGGCAGAAGACUGGGAAAGGACUUUACAUAGACUGUAAUCUUUUGUCAUCACAGGUUGCUUGUCUUACCCAUAUAGGCUCCAACUAUCUCAACAGCAAAAAAGAGGCUAAACGAUGGGGGACAGCUCAUGAAAGCAUUGUUCCUUACCAGGGUUUUAAAACACAGGAUGGAUACUUAGUGGUUGCUGCUGGAAAUGAUAAACAGUUUGCCAAAGUAUGCAGGAUCUUAAAUAUGAAACAACUUGUAGAAGACCCAAAGUUUAAAACAAACACAAUGCGGGUUCAAAAUAGAAAAGAACUCUUAGCAAUUUUAUCUGCAAGAUUCUCUGAAAAAACGACCAAGGAAUGGUUAGAAAUGUUUGAAGGUACUGGAGUGCCCUACGGUCCAAUCAACAGCAUUAAAGAAGUAUUCUCUGAUCCUCAGGUUAUCCAUAAUAGACUUGUCAUGGAAAUGGACCAUCCCUCAUCUGGAAAGAUUGCAGUUCCUGGUCCUGCUGUUCACUACAAUGACUUUGAAGUGACCAACCCUCUCCCUCCUCCUCUUAUUGGACAACACACCACUGAGAUCCUUAAGAACAUGCUUGGUUAUGACAAUAAUACAAUUAAUGAUUUGCUAAAAUCUGGAAUAAUCGCCCAAAAUACACUGGAUUAAUAGAACUGGACCUACCCUUAAGCACAAAUUUUGCAUUUAAUCAAAACCUUUAUUUUCACUUUAAUACUAAAUAUUUUGAUUAGUCUGACUUUAUGAUUUAUUUUUAUAAUAUACUUUAGACAGCAAAAGGAAACAGUGAAAAAGUCAACAAGAUAAUGACUUAACCAGAUUUAUAAAAUAGUGUUCUAAGAAAUAAGUGCAGUUCAAUGUAGUGAAAAACGUGCAUGAAGAUGAUUAAUCAUUAGUUAAAGUUUUUUACAUUGAAUCAAAACAUGGAAAUAAAAAGUGCAUUUAAUAGCACAAUAUCAAUGACACAGUGUUUACUUAAAUACAACAUUAAUCAAUUAGUAAAAUGCAUUUUACACCAACAA